AUGUUACCUGUAUAUAUAUUAUCAAAAUACAAUUUAAGACCCAUAAAUGGAGUAUUAUUUCAAUGGUUAAAUGUUACUGUAAAAUUACAUUCUUCAUCAUCAUCAUCAUCAUCAUCAUCAUCAUCGUCAGACUCGUCUGAUUCUGAUUCUGACAGUGAAAAAUCAAAACCGAAGAACUAUGUUAAAAAUGCAACUUCUACAGGAUCAGAUAAUAAUGAUAAUUUGGAAAGUUUCUUAAACAAUAUGAUACGACAAAAUAUAUCUACAAAGAUGGCCAAAGAUACUAAAAUGGGUAAAGAUAUUCGCUCUGAAAAUAAACAAGAAAUUACAAAAACGGCAACUGCGACCACUGAUUUAACUGAGUAUAUAAAUAACAUGAUGAAGGCAAGAAAAUUGCAGAAAACCAUUGAUGUUGCUAUACCACUUAAAACAAAAUCGAAGAACCAAUUGAAUAAAGCCAAACAUAUGUCAUAUGAAAAGAAAUUAACAAAUGCAGCAGAAAGUGUAGCCAGUAUACUUGGUGGAGAUAAAACAAAGACUACAUCAGAUUUGCUUCAAAAAGUUCUCGCAUCUAGAGUAGAAACACUAAAGGAAGAACAAUUUGCAAAUACGAACUUAAAGAAGGACAUUAGUUUGCCAAAGCAUAAAGAUGAAGAAACAAACAAUAGAUAUACAGAAAAAAAAUCUAUAAUACACACCCUGCUCAAAGAAUAUAAUAAUAAGCAAUCAGUGAAGAGUCAUAAUCAGGAUGAAAAUAGUAUAACAAAACAAUUAUUAAAUAAGAAAACAUCUACUGAACAAUUACAAAAUAAUAAUCUAAAAAGGCCUCGUAUCAGAAGAGAAGACAUCGAUUUAUGGACUGGGGAGCCUAGUCACAUUUUUGAAAAUAUGGGCCUUGCUUUGGAAAAUAUACCAGAAUUGAAAACUUGGGCGAUGUUGAAGCAAAGGGAACUGAAAGCAUUGACAACUUAUCCACCUGCCAACAUUUUUCAAGAACUGAUUCUUUGGACAGAGCAAGGAAAAUUGUGGAAAUUUCCUAUCGAUAAUGAGCAAGGAAUGGAAGAAGAGCAAAAUGUUCAUUUCUCAGAGCAUGUUUUUAUGGAACGUCAUUUGAAAGAAUGGUGCCCUAAAUCAGGACCAGUACGUCAUUUUAUGGAAUUAGUGUGUGUUGGACUUUCUAAAAAUCCAUAUAUGACAGUUCAAGAGAAAAUCAACCACAUGAUAUGGUAUAGAGAUUUCUUUAAAUCGAAACAAAACUUAUUGCAAGAGCUAGGAGCAAUUCAGGAACCAUUUCCUGAUAAAGUAAAAGAAAUUACAGAAUAAAAUAUAAUAUAAACAUUUGUGAUGAA